AUGUGGACACAAUGGGGUGCAAAAGCAAGAGCCGCUGAAUACGAUGCUGCCAAAAAUGCUGCUGCGAGACGAACAAGUGAGGAGCACAAGUUGCCGCAGAAGCCCGCACCUGUAUCCCUGAGCGCCUUCACCAAGAGCGCUCCUCUCAACCGCAACAAAGGCAUCAAGGCUUGGAAGCCCUUGGUUCUGGAAGACACACCGGAAGCCACUAGCGACAACGAGAGCCAGGAGGACAUCCAGGGCACACCAUCAACGCCCACUCGUCUCAUGUCGACUGAGCACAGCAAUUCUGUGAGCGAGGACAACAAUGUCCCCAUGGUGCCUGAGAAAACCGCGAAGCUCGGUGAUAAUGACAGUACGCCCCCCUCGAUUGCACUCACAGCGCCCGCGGCGCCCAGAGCAAUGCUCAGCAUGGCUGCCCAAAUACCAUCCACCUUGGUCAACCCGACCCCUAAACGCGUCCAACCACAUUCAAUCAUCAAGCAGGUCCAGCAAACCACGAACCCUAGUGUGCAUAGCUCCCCAGGGAAUGUCGUCCCAGGUGGUGGGUACCCAAACCCGAAUCCGUAUCCUUGGGUUGAAAGGCACUAUGACUCACAUGGAUUCCCUGUGGUAGGUCCCAUUAGCUUGUCCGGGGCGCCUACCGGCAGGCCACUAGCUGUUCAAUAUGCUGGUAAAAUUAUGGUCCCAGACGAUAUCAGUCCGACAAAACAGGAGACAAAGCUAGCAUCUUUGUCCCAGCAAUUCGCAGGUCCACCGCCCAGUUUUGUUGCCAGACAUGACCACUUCACGGCCGGUUCGGGUGGGAUUGGAAACUCGGGACUGCCUCCGAUAUCUGCCAUUCACUCAGGUCAAGAGGCGAGCCUCUACCCGGGAGCAAUUUUUCUUACAAACCCACCGGGUCGCCCGCAUCUGCAACAAGUCAAUUCGGAUAGCGCUGUCGACAUGGAGGGAAGCUUCUCCGGGUCUGCAUCCUGUAACAUACCAAAUAUUGUCCGACACUACUCUUACCCUGAUGCCCUUGCGGCACCUCUCGAGCAGCCACAAGCAACUGAACAAACCACACGCAUAGCCGCGCCACAGAUAGCCCGCGGGCCAAUAUUGCACUCUUGGGAAGAGGAACCAUACGACCGAAAGAUAAAGAUGCAAAGUUUCGUGGCUGCACAACAGGCUUUGGCCAAGACAGGGAAGACUGUGCUGCACAAUCCCGAUCUGCACCGGGUGAGGACUAGUGAGGCAACUUCUCCAGCUCGUUCAGGCAGCACAGCCACGACGCCCGAGCAUGACCUUCGGCGCCAGAUGCUCAACCCGGGAACUGUCAGUAUUCUGAAGCCACCACCGGGAUUCGGAGCACAAUCAAGCCCUCGCCCGACCUCGGAAGAGGACGACAACAAGAAGUCUUGUCCUAUCGACCAGGCAACCCUCCGACAAAUCUUUGAGGUCGACAAACAAGACUGGUUAGAGUUGAAGCCAGUCACCAAGGAACAGCGGACGAAGAUGAAUAGAGUAAUGAAUACUUUUGCGAGGGCACAGGCUCCUGAUCAUCCUCGAGAAUUUGGGCCCAAGGCACACGAGGACAAGAAGGAAAAUCUCCGGCGCUGGAUGCAACUCGCCAACAAGGACAACAGACCUGUUACGGCCACAAACAAGUUGUUUGAAGAAGCUGCGAGGGAACGGCUUUCCAUAGGGGCUGUUGGCAUUGGUGGGGACGGUGCUACGACUAGUCAACUGUCUCAUGCGGAAAUCGAAUGUGCUGCUAUUUGCGCAGUUGGAGAGAUCGUGGCCAACCUGAUCGACGAAGGAGGAUCUUCGAGGCCGCAUACAGACACUGAUGGUCUUUUUGCCAAGUACAAGCCCGCCCCGGAGUACGCGAUUGAACGUGGGCGGCUGUUGUUGGGCAGCAGUGGAAGCAUGAGUUUCUUUGAGGACAACGCUGGUGGGUUCCAUACAGCUCCUAGUCGGAUUGCGCGAGAUCCUCGAUUUAGACCAGCUGGAAAGGAAUCCAUUCAGGUCAAGGCAGACGAUGGCUGGAAACUCCGAGCCGAUGUGUAUGGGAGGAGACGCAUCUGA